GGCACACUCUCUCUCUUUCUCGCAGCCUGACAGCGGCAGCGGCGGCGAUCACCAGCUGAGGAGCGGGGAGCCGGCGAGCAGCCAUGUUCCGAGCGGCGCUGAGGUGCAGCAGCAGCAGCAGAGGCGGCCUGGCCGCUUGGAGGAGGGCGGCGGCGCUGGCGGUCAGUGGGGGGUCGCCAUCAUCCCAGGCCCAGGCCCGGGCCCAGCCGGCGGCUGCCCUUGCUGCCCGAUGGUAUUCACAUGGGAAGCAGGAGACGGAUGAGGAGUUUGAUGCCCGCUGGGUGACGUACUUCAACAAGCCUGACAUCGACGCAUGGGAGCUCCGAAAAGGAAUGAACACCCUCAUUGGAUACGAUCUGGUUCCUGAACCCAACAUUAUUGAUGCAGCCCUGAGAGCAUGCCGUAGAUUAAAUGAUCUAGCUAGUGCAAUCCGUAUCCUCGAAGCAGUGAAGGAUAAAGCCGGACCUCACAAAGAGAUCUAUCCGUACGUUAUUCAAGAACUCAGGCCCACGCUAACCGAACUCGGAAUUCCUACCCCAGAGGAGAUAGGUCUAGACAAAUUAUAAUAUUAUACUUUGACGGUUUCCAGACCUUCAUUUGAUGUGGUUGUACAUGAUACAAGAUACAGUGUGAAAUAUUACUAUCGGACAUUUAAUUCUGUUCUGUUGUAUGUAUUCUGUUCCCCUAUGAACUUAGUUCAAUAAACAGUGGCCUGAUACAUUGAUA